AUGGCUCUCCUCUCCAUCACCCUUGUGUGCAUUACACUGGCUAUAGUCGUAGCCUCGUGCAUCCUCCAACACCUGGCAUCCUGCAAACGACUUGGCAUCUCAGGUCCCUUCCCCGCUGCCUGGAGCAGCCUAUGGCUUUUUUACCAGUGUCGCCGUCGACGGCGUUAUCUAGCCGUUGAUGAAGCCCACAGAACGUACGGCAAGAUUGUGAGCAUCCAGCCAAACCAUUUUUCCAUUGCAGACGCCGACGCCAUCCAGGCCGUCUACGGGCAUGGCAAUGGUUUCCUAAAAUCAGACUUCUACGACGCCUUUGCAGGGCCAGGACAUCGCAGCAUCUUCAACACUCGUAGCAGACGAGACCAUGCGAGGAAGCGACGGGCCAUCGCCCACGUCUUCUCUGCUAGGUCCAUCUGCCAGUUCGAGCCAUACAUCCGUACGCAUAUCGCACGUCUGGUCAGCCAAUGGACCUACAUGUGUCAAAACAACUCUGGUUCCGCCAAAGACGGCUACUAUACCUUUAAUGCCCUGCCCUGGUUCAGCUAUCUGGCCUUUGACGUCACCGGCGAUCUCGCCUUUGGCGCGCCAUUUGGGAUGCUCUCCCUGGGACAAGACUUGGUAGACGAGCGCAAGACGUACGACGCCCCCCCGACAUGCGUGGCGGCCAUUGAUGUGCUGAAUCGCCAAGGGGACGUAUCGGCAGCGUUGGGCUGCCUUCCCCAGCUCAAGCCCUUCAGCAAGUUUCUCCCCGACCCCUUCUUCCGGCUCGGCUCCAAGGCCGUCGAGCACAUGACGGGCAUUGCUGUCGAGCGCGUGAGACGCCGCCUCGACCCCGAAGCUCUGGCCGAGAACACGCGCAUGGACAUACUUGCCAAGAUGAUGCAGAGCAGGGACGACAGCGGCGAGCUCCUGGGGCGCGAUGAGCUGACGACCGAGUCUCUGGCGUUUCUUGUUGCCGGCAGCAACACCACCGCCAUCACGCUCGCCUGCAUGGUGCACUGCGUGGCGUCCACACCAGGCGUCAUGGAAAAGCUGCACGAGGCCGUAAACGAAGUGGUGCCCGCCGGAGUCGACAUUCCGACGUACGAGAUGGCCAAGCAUAUUCCAUACGCCUUUUCCCUCGGCCUGCCGCGGCAGAUUCCUGUCGGCAGCCCACCGGUCGACAUCUGCGGCCAGGUGUUUUGCGCGGGCCAGGUUGUUUCGGUUCCCAUGUAUACCCUCCACCACUCCGAGGAAAUAUGGGGAUCCGGCGCCGACUCCUUUGACCCUGGCCGCUGGGAUCCCGGCACGCGUCUCACGGCUAGGCAAAGGAGUGCUUUUAUGCCGUUUAGUAUCGGGCCGCGGGCGUGCAUUGGUCGCAACCUGGCCGAAAUGGAGCUCCGUUGCAUGGCGGCGGCCUUGUUUAGGAAUUUUGACUUUGAGCUGGAGCCAGCUGCCGAGUUGGAAUUUACAGACGGCUUUGUGAGGAGGCCGUCUGCUUUGGUAAUUGGCGUCAAGAGGAGGAUUUGA